AUGCGAGAGUCCAGCAUCCUGGUGGCGGUGAACAAAUCGCUAGAAGCGUUCUUGCAGCAGAUUAAGGAAGUGGCAAAGAGCAAAGCUUACGAGUUACAAGCCGGAGAGGCCGAUCGAGUUGGUCAACAGCUUUCCGCGCAAUUCCUAGCGGAUGAAAUGGCGAACAUCACAAAGAUUACUGACGUGUACACCUUGCUCGAAAUGACGCGUCAAAACUCCGCGACCCGAAUCCCGUGCGACCUCGCCAUCUCCGCUGCGCAAAAAAUUGAGUUGGCCGCAAAGAUUUAUAAUUUUAUCGUAACGCGCUACGAGCAAAUACGCAAUUUGCAAUUAAACUUCCUGCUAGCCAAUGCGGAUCGUGAGAUGCGGGUGGAGAUGGAGAAGAAAAUAGCGGAAGGCGUGGAAAUACACCAAGCCGCAGAGGUUGCACGACGUCAAGCCACAGCGAGCCUGCAUAGCGCCCUGGAAAAGCUGGGAUUCCAAUCGGGCGAUAUCGUGAAGAUUGGCGAAAACGCUGGACGCCAGCUGGAGCAAGCCGCACAGGGGCUAAUCCAGCGAUUUGUAGCUGAUCGCAACAGUAACGCGGAGCUAAAGAAGCUGCAGGCAGAAUACGAGGCAAACACUAAGGUAUCAAAA